AUGUCGUCCGUCACACUUCGCACUCCUCUGCGUCGCCUACCACUUUCUGCUCGUCAGACAUGUUUCAGCAGCUGUAGACAAUUCAGCUCCUCCACAUCCCGGGCAAAGGAGAUUCAAGAUGCAUACAUUCUCAGCGCUGUCAGAACCCCUGUUGGAGUUUUCAACGGAGCUCUCGCCUCGGUGUCAGCACCUAAGCUCGGCUCUAUCGCCAUAAAAGAAGCCAUUGCCCGUUCAUCCGUCCCUGCCGAACACAUCCGCGAUGUUUACAUGGGCCAGGUCUUGCAAGGAGGUGUCGGUCAAGCACCAGCAAGACAGGCAGCCCUCUUUGCUGGCCUCGAUUCUUCGGUAGAAUCAACAACUGUCAACAAAGUAUGCGCCUCAGGUAUGAAGGCUGUCUCAAUAGCCGCCAUGAAGAUCCAACUUGGCCUCGCCGAAGCACAAGUCGCAGGAGGAAUGGAGAACAUGAGUCAAGUGCCAUACUACCUGCCGCGAUCAUCUCAACUUCCGCCUUUUGGCAACAUCAAGCUCGAUGAUGGCUUGAUCAAGGAUGGUCUGUGGGAUGUAUACAAUCAGAUCCACAUGGGCAACUGCGCUGAGAAGACGGCCAAGGACCACGGUGUCACUCGUGAAGAUCAGGAUAACUACGCCAUCCAGAGUUACAAGCGCGCUCAAGAAGCUUACAAGCAGGGACUCUUCCAGGAAGAGAUGGUGCCGGUGACCGUCAAGGGCAAGAAGGGUGACACAGUGGUCUCAGAAGACGAGGGUGUUUACAGACUCAAGCUCGAGAAGGUGCCCACGCUGAAGCCUGCGUUUGACAAGUCUGGCUCGGGAACCGUGACAGCUGCCAACAGCUCAGGCCUGUCAGAUGGAGCUUCUGCACUGGUUCUUGGUAACAAGGAGAUUGCCAAGAAGUACGGCAAGGGCAACAAGCUGCUCGCACGCAUUGUAGCCACAGCAGACGCAGCAGUCGACCCCAUCGACUUCCCCAUUGCACCAUCCAAGGUGGUUCCCAUCGUGCUUGAGAGAGCUGGUAUCACCAAGGAGCAGGUCAAGGUGUGGGAGUUCAACGAGGCCUUUGCCGCCGUCAUCGAGGCAAACGCCAAGAUUCUUGGACUCGGUAUGGAGAACGUCAACCCCAGAGGUGGCGCAAUCUCUCUCGGCCACGCAUUGGGAAGCUCGGGCUCAAGAAUUUUGGUGACGCUGUUGCAUCAGCUGAAGAAGGGCGAGUACGGAUGUGCUGCCAUCUGCAACGGAGGUGGUGCAUCGACUGGUAUUGUGGUUCAGAUGGUGGACGCAGAUGAGUUGUGA